GUUCUCGCGGUCGAUCUUUUGAACCCCAGCCCUCAGCACGAGGCGCGCAAGCACAAGCUUAAGACCCUUGUGCCCCAGCCCCGGUCCUUCUUCAUGGACGUCAAGUGCCCCGGCUGCUUCACCAUCACCACCGUCUUCUCGCACGCCCAGACCGUCGUCAUCUGCGGUGGCUGCUCCACCGUCCUUUGCCAGCCCACUGGUGGCAAGGCCCGUUUGACCGAGGGCUGCUCUUUCCGGAGAAAGUAA